GCCCUUAUGAGAUACGGAGCUAAACCCAUCGCUCCCCUCCUCGCGAGGAGACCUUUGGCAAUUUCCCCCCAGGUGCAGACGAGUCGGACCGUUUUUGGAAAUCAUCGAAGCCCAAUGAAGUUUCUAGAAACUGGGAGAUACACUGUCAAAUCAAAAGGCUUCUGAACAAAGGUUAUGCACUUAUCCCUUUCCAUACAUACUAAUCAUGGACAAGUAUCAUGUGUUGGAAAUGGUUGGAGAAGGCUCUUUUGGAAAAGUCUAUAAAGGACGUCGCAAAUAUAGCGCACAAGUUGUGGCCUUGAAGUUUAUUCCUAAAGUGGGUCGAUCUCAGAAAGAUCUGAAGAAUUUGCAGCGAGAGAUUGAGAUCAUGAGGGGACUUCAUCAUCCCAACAUUGUCCAGAUGCUUGACAGUUUUGAAACUGACAAAGAGGUGGUUGUGGUGACAGAUUAUGCUGAAGGAGAGCUCUUUCAGAUCCUUGAAGAUGAUGGGAACUUGCCUGAGGAACAGGUGCAAGUUAUUGCUGCUCAGCUUAUUUCUGCACUCUAUUACUUGCAUUCCCACCGGAUCCUACACCGUGACAUGAAACCUCAGAAUAUCCUGUUAGGGAAAGGAGGCGUGGUCAAACUCUGUGAUUUUGGGUUUGCCCGGGCAAUGAGCGUUCAAACCAUGGUAUUGACAUCUAUCAAGGGCACCCCACUUUAUAUGGCUCCUGAGCUUGUUGAAGAGAAGCCAUACGACCAUACAGCUGACCUUUGGUCGGUGGGAUGCAUUCUGUAUGAACUGUACGUGGGGACUCCGCCCUUCUACACCAAUAGCAUCUUCCAAUUGGUCAGCCUUAUCAUCAAAGACCCAGUCAAGUGGCCAAAAAAUAUGAGCUCUCAUUUCAAGAGCUUCUUGCAAGGUCUCCUAAUGAAGGAUCCUCGUGAGCGUCUAUCCUGGCCAGAGCUACUCUAUCAUCCCUUCAUUGCUGGACGGGUGACAGUGAUCAAUGACACAACAGAACAGGCUGUUGCAAACCCUUUCACUAGCAAAUUGAGCCCUGAAUUACAGGCUCUCAAAGACCAACAGGCACAUUUCCUGGCCCCUCACAGUGGUCAGUCAAAGAUUUUGAAGAAGGCACGUCAGAAGAUGGCCCAGGAGGCUCAGAAAAAGGUGAGAGAGAAAUCCAAGCCUCCUUUGAAAGGAGAAAUAGAUAAGGAAGGCCAGAGACUUCCAUGGAAAACCUGCCCAGUUCAAGCAGAUCCCAGAGAAAGGCAUCAGGUGUCUUCUGGUUCUGGAGAACAGAGGCCUUGUGUUCUAGAAAAUCAAGGAGCAGAAUGGGAGCAAGCAGAGCCACCUCCUACGCCUCGGGAGAACAGAAUUACACAUGAUUAUGACCGGGAAUUCUCAGAGGGGAAGCCAAGAAAUGGCGGACCAGAAGCACAAGACAGAUGCAGCCUCAACACUGUAGAUCUGGAACCUGAGGAGCUGGAUAGUGAUGAAGAAUGGCAGCACCUCAUUGAUGCCACAGAUCCUGUAAAUGUACAGCUGUGUGCCCCACUGAGUCUUCUGGGAGACCCUGAUUUUGUGCAGCGCAUCCUUACCCGAAUCCAGGAUUCUGGUCAGCAGGUCUUAGAAGGAAUGCUUGAGGGUGCUUCCCAUCUUCGUCCUGUUCUUCGUGUCAUUUGCAACUUGUUAAAUACACGAUGUAAUUCAGAACUACUCUACAUCUUCUGCAAGGACAUAAACCUAUCCCAUUCUGUGAUGCAUCUAGUGAGGGACAUCUUAGAGAGCUCCUGUAUCAAGCAGCAGCCAUGGCAUAUUACACUGCUAAUAGAUCUAAUUGCAGUGAUGUCAGCCUUCUUUGCCAGUGAUUUCAACCAGGAGAAAGAUAAAGAAAAGCAAAGUUUGCAGGAAUUUUACACAUGUGCUAGUCACUUCCUAACUCUGCUGCCCACACUACUGAAUCAGCCAACAGAUCAAGAAAGCAGGCUGCGAGAACAAAGCCUUGUGUGUUUCACCCAUUUAUGUGAGAGCAUGGAUCGCACCUGUCCAUCAGUCUCCAACACCUUCUACACCAGCUUGCUUGAAGAGCAUCAAACCCUGCUGGAUGCAUUCUACCUGGGUGCAAGCUUUGAGCACUCAGCUCAGGAAGCAGUAUUUCCAAAAUCAGCUGAGGCAGCACAUGAGUGGUAUCAAUGCUUGCCAGCUGCUUUUACAGAAGCUUUGGCUGCAUCCUGUGGCAUCCCAGGAGGACACCUCACACAUCAAAAUGCCAAAAAGCAGAUUUCCCAGCAAAUAGCUGAAAAGCUCACCAGGAAAGAUGACCGACUGCUUCCAUGUCUUCUCUCAACCACCGUGUGUCCUACUUCUUCCAUGAGUGGGCUAAAGGUCCUGUAUGCCUGCUGCCAUGUCAAUCAGGCUCUGUGCCAUCGCAUAGCAACUCCAGAAUUCCUGAGUUUCCUAAUCUGCCACCUGCAGGGCAAGGUCUUGCUGCCUGAAGUUGCACGAGUCCAGGCUGUUGAAGCCUCACUGAGGCUCAUCUCCCUAAUGUUGCUCCAGUGCCAGAUCCUACCACCGCAAGUGCUGCGGGAUUGUUACUGGCCUACCUGAUCCAGUAUGGUGCUUCUGUGAAACUGAACCCAGAGCAAGCCUUGACAAAUAUAGCUACUGCACUCGCAGAACCUGCAGAGCUGUACCUACCUUCUCCCAUGGGAGCUGGCUUCUAUGAUGGGCUCUUGUUUUUGCUGUUGCAUCUAUUAAGCCAGGGAGAUACAGCAACUAUGAGAGAAUUUGUGGCCUCGGAGCUCUGGAGCAUUGUAUGGCAUCGCUUUGCUAUGGUGCUCCACUUGACCACUUGGAAGCCGGUGAUGGAAGGUGAGACCCCGAGAGCUGGACAGCAGCCACCAGUACCUGAUUGGAACCUACUGUCACCACAAGGGACCUUGCUCUUCCUCAGCUUAAUCCUCUUCGUCUUUACCCAAGAACCUUACCAGUGCCUUUUCCAGCUGGCCCAACCCAGUAGUGUUAUGAUGGCAAUUCUGAAGAAGCUACUUGAACCUGGCUUCUUGCAACAUUUGGCCCAAAUGCAGGUCCAGGACAGUGAUCCCAAACUGGUGCCCACUGUUGUGCUCCAAGUCUGUCGGCUAUUCUGUUUCCCGUUUGCUCUGGAUGUAGACUCAGAAACUUUAGAAUAUAUCAUAGCAAGCCUGAGGGACUCUCAAAUCCCCGCCCAUUUACUCCAGGUCUCCAUUCAACAUCUUCCCAUCUCGGAGACUGAGUUGCCUUUGAGCCUUUUGUGCCGCUUGGUAUUGAGUGAUGAGGGAAUCAUUGGCCAAGUGGUAGAAAUAGCCACCUCAGAACAAGCCAUUGUUUUCUUGUUGGCCAUUUUGCUUUCAGAUCAGGUAGCUAUUACCGCAGACCUGCUCUCCCUGCUCACUCACAUAGCCCGGGCCAGUCCAGCUCACUUGCCUUUCCUUCAGAGGCUCCUGAUUGACCCCGAUUCAGCUUCUCAGCUGUUGGACCAUGUGCUUCACCACCGGGAUUGCCUGAUCCGAGCCAGAGCUUGUAGCCUUGUAGGCAACCUAUUACGACAUGGACAAGGAUUUCCUCAGACACUGUGGCACAAGGUUGGGCUGCAGGAACUUUUGGUGGGUUGUCUUUCAGAUGAAGAUGAGCACGUGCGUUGCUCAGCCAGCUUUGCCAUUGGUAAUGCAGCCUACCAGGCUGGUCCUGUAAUGCAGGGUUUUAACAAAGCUGUGCCUUGGCUUGUUCGGCUCCUGAGAGAUUCUCAGGCAAGGACACGUUGCAAUGCUGCUUCAGCACUGGGCAACUUGGGACGACAGUCUGUGGAGGUGGGAGAUUUGCUGAUCCAGAGCCGAGCACCUGAACUUCUAUUGGAUACGGCCUGCCAUGACUCCCAUCCUGCUGUGCAAGAGGCAGCACUCUUUGCUUUACGCUCCAUUGGUCAGCAGUCCAAGAUUCACCAGGUACUGCUGUCACUCCAAGCAACUGAAAAACUGGAAGCACUUUCCAUUCAUGGAUCUCAGGCUUCUAUGAAUAGUAGUCCUCGGCCCACAUCGAGGCACUGUAAGAAACUGAUACAUCUCCUACAGGCUACACACAUUGUAUAAGAUCUGAGGAACAGAUACAACUGUCCGCUUUUUUGUAAUAUUUUAGGUGUGGGGACUAUAAAGUAGUAAACUCCAUUGUAAGUACUUUUUGAAAUAGAUUUUAAUGGAAUAUCAUUUGAUUCUUGCCUUACUGAGAUUAGAAACAGCCAUCCCAAAUCUUCCUACAAAUAGUUUUUUUUUAAAUCCAACACUAUAUAAACUGCCUUCUGUAAUGACAAGUCUAUGCAUAUACUAAUUCUUUUCUAUUGCGAAGAAGCUAUGCUGUACUGUUGUCCAACGUCUUGACGGCCAUUCAUGAAGUUGGUUCUUGUGACAGUUUUCUUUGGAAUGCUAAUGGUAGACAUCGACCAACAUCCAACUGUCUCUGCUGAAAAGAAGAAAAGAUGUUAGUAGCAUUGCUGGCUAAAAUGUUCAUUUUCUUUUAGUUUUGCAGAAUAACACAGGAUAGAAGCUGUAAGACAUUUUUUUAAAAAUCUUGAAUAGGAAUAGAAUUUUUACUUGAACUGACUGAUCAAUUUUGAUCCAGCUCAUGAAGGCUGGAUCCCAUUUUUAUUUAUUGAGAACUGUUCUAGAAUACUUCCCUGGCUAAUCUCCUGUCUUUAUUAUCAAUAUUAAGUCUUUGUAAUAAAAGCUGGUGCUGAUA